GUGAUAAUAUCAGGCUGGGACGAGCUACAAGUAGCUGGUGCGACAACAGCUGCUGCGGGUUAAAGGGACAGGGGGUAGAGCGUGUGCAUGGGAGGAUUCUGGAGCCACUGCUGGUAUCUAUGGUGUGUGCUUUGGCGAGACGGACACCGGGCUGUCAGGUCUGGGAUCCACAAGAACCUCUCCUGAAGGAGGAAGUGACUGUGGUUUGAGAGGCUUCCUGUGGGAAGAGCUUUGUGCCUCGGUGGAGAAGGCUGGAGCACAAGGAUGAUGGAUCGGUAUAAGACCCCACGCACCAAAGAGCUGGAGUUUGGAGGGCCCCUGGGAGCCAUGAUCCUCAUCUUUCUUAUGCCAGCUACCAUCUUCUAUCUUCUGCUGACGUGUCGCACUGAGCAAGCCAGCGUGCUGAACUUCCCGCCCCCGCUGCCACCCCUGAGCACCCUCUGGAGCCCCCACACCUUCCUGCUGCUUCUGGCUUGGGUGGGACUCCAGGCUGCCCUCUACAUGCUGCCUAUGGGGAAGGUCACAGAAGGGAUCGUCCUUCGAGACAAGAGCCGGCUCCAGUAUCGCAUUAAUGCUUUCCAUGCAAUGGGGGUCACGGCCCUGGUGGUGGGGGCUGGACUGGCAGCCGGGUUGCGCCUCAGCUACAUCUAUGACAACUUCCUGCAGUUGGCCUUCUCUGCCUUGCUGCUGGCCUUCGGCCUCAGCUUCCUCCUCUACUUCAAGUCCCUCUUUGCCCCAGAGACAGCACUGGCACCAGGCGGGAACUCAGGGAAUCCUAUCUAUGACUUCUUCAUGGGCCAUGAGCUGAACCCACGCAUCGGCUCCUUCGACCUAAAGUAUUUCUGCGAGCUGCGGCCAGGCCUCCUCGGCUGGGCACUGGUGAACAUGGCCAUGCUGAUGAAAGAGACUGAGCUGCGGGGCAGCCCCUCGCUGGCCAUGCUCCUGGUCAAUGCCUUCCAGCUGCUGUAUGUGGUGGAUGCACUUUGGAAUGAGGAGGCCAUCCUCACCACCAUGGACAUUGUACACGAUGGGUUUGGCUUCAUGUUGGUCUUUGGGGACCUGGCCUGGGUGCCCUUCGCCUACAGCCUGCAGGCCUACUUCCUGGUCAACCACCCCCAGAAGCUGAGCCUGCCCAUGGCUGUCGGGAUCCUCUUGCUCAAUGGUCUGGGAUACUGCAUCUUCCGCAGCGCCAAUUCCCAGAAGAACACUUUCCGAAGGAACCCCAAUGACCCCAGAGUAACUGGUCUCAAAACCAUCCCCACAGCCACAGGCCGGCGUCUCCUGGUGUCUGGGUGGUGGGGGUUUGUGCGCCACCCCAACUAUCUGGGGGAUCUCAUCAUGGCUCUGGCCUGGUCUCUGCCCUGUGCACUAGAUGUCUGAGCUGCAUUCCUCUGUGCUUCACUAAAGCUUAAAGCAUUGCCUUCCAUGAGGGACCACGAUGGAGCUUACUGCACGAUUGGUAAUGCUUUAAUGAAAGAAUUUAACAAUACCGCAACCUCUACAGUUGGCUGCAAGCUUAUUGCAAAUUUCACCUUGGACAUCUGAGAAUGAGGCGUGCCUGAAUUCUCCUCUGCUGCUGUAAGGAGGUGCAAGCCCACAGCAGAAAGGUCAGCCUGACAGAUGCAUGGGUCAUGAUGGAGAUGGAGGGUUUGUCUUCACUGCAACAGUUAGCUCAAAUGAGUACGCUGGAGUUACUCUUACUUGAGCUCGAGGAGAGUAGGUCUACUCUGCAAUCGGCUGUGUGAGUGCAGCCUAGACUGGCA